UUAUCUGUGAACACGGACAAGUUAGAGAGACUAAAAUGGCCAGAACCAAGCAGACCGCGCGUAAAUCCACCGGAGGAAAAGCUCCCAGGAAGCAGCUGGCCACCAAGGCUGCCCGUAAGAGCGCCCCGGCCACCGGCGGAGUGAAGAAGCCCCACCGCUACAGGCCCGGUACCGUGGCUCUCCGAGAGAUCCGCCGCUACCAGAAGUCCACCGAGCUGCUGAUCCGCAAGCUGCCCUUCCAGCGCCUGGUGAGGGAGAUCGCUCAGGACUUCAAGACCGACCUGCGCUUCCAGAGCUCCGCCGUCAUGGCUCUGCAGGAGGCCAGCGAGGCUUACCUGGUCGGCCUCUUCGAGGACACCAACCUGUGCGCCAUCCACGCCAAGAGGGUCACCAUCAUGCCCAAAGACAUCCAGCUGGCCCGACGCAUCCGCGGAGAGAGGGCUUAAACUCCCCCCACACCUCUUUACACCACAACGGCUCUUUUAAGAGCCACCUCACUAAAGCUCAAGAGCUCCUUCCUCUGAUCCUCUUCAUGAAAACCACUAUAUAUUCAAACACUGAUGCUCACAUCACACGAGCUCCUUCCUCUGAUCCUCUUCAUGUAUUUUGAUGGCUUAUUUCAAUGUCAACAAUCAUUUAAUAAACUUGAUUCUUGCUAA